GUUUCCAUGAUUUCUGCAGUCCAAAGGCUUUACCCCCGGUUAAUAUGGCUGCGCCUGGCAAUCCACAGAUGAGUCCGUGAAGAAGAGGAGGUUUUGUCUGAGAUCCUCUCAGCAAUGGCGCUUCGGUCGCGCUUCGGGGGCUUGUCGGUUUGCAGAAACCUCGCCUGUGGGUUCGCAGCGCGCUCUACCAGUUCCAAACCGGCGGCUACACCUGAGGUAGACCCUCUGGAAAAUGAAGCUGUUGCCCCAGAGUUCACCAACCGUAACCCCCGGAAUCUGGAACUCUUAUCUGUAGCCAGGAAAGAGCGGGGUUGGGGGACAGUGUGGCCCUCCCGUGAGUUCUGGCACAGGUUGCGAGUUAUAAGGACUCAGCAUCAUGUAGAAGCACUUGUUGAGCAUCAGAAUGGCCAGGUUGUGGUCUCAGCAUCCACUCGUGAAUGGGCUAUUAAGAAGCACCUGUAUAGUACCAGAAAUGUGGUGGCGUGUGAGAGUAUAGGACGCGUGCUGGCAGAGCGGUGCUUAGAGGCAGGAAUCAACUUCAUGGUCUACCAGCCAACUACUUGGGAAGCAACCUCAGACUCGAUAAAACAACUAGAAAAUGCCAUGGCAGAAGGUGGAGUGGUUCUACAGGAGCCCCGGAGAAUCUACAGCUAAAAUAAACACAUUAUUUCAAAUGUGUAAAUAUAGAACUGACAGCUACCAUGGCCGUCCAAAGAGAGCAUCAGGAAGAACAGCCAGCUUGGAAGUUUUAUAGCAAUAAUGUCACAGUAGAAUAAUAUUUGUAGUUAUGGUCAUUCCCUCCCCCUCGUGUGCAUGUUUUGUUGUUGUUUUUUUUUAAUCAAGGGCUAAAUUCUCCCCUCUUUUGGACACAAGAGAAGUAUCUAAGAAAAGCAGCCACCAAUUAUAAUUAAUUAUUGAAGAAUAAAUUAGAAGUUGUUUAUAAAUUAUAAAAUAAAGGCAUAUAUGGACUUGUA